CGUGGGCGGGCGUAGUUUGUAGCCUGUCGGCUGCGCUGCAGUCAGGUAUUAUUGGAAGUUGGAAGGAAGCAUUUGGACAUUUACUUUCGAAGGAAUAAAAUGGCAGCAGAAGAAGUCAAAUACUUUAGGCUGGACGACAUCAGCAAGCAGAACUCCUUCAAAUCCACCUGGAUUAUGAUACGACACAAGGUCUACGACGUGACCAGGUUCCUCGAGGAGCACCCGGGCGGCGAGGAAGUCCUGAGGGAGCACGCUGGCGCCGACGCCACCGAGAGCUUCGAGGACGUGGGCCACUCCAGCGACGCCCGCCGAGUCGCCGCUCAAAUGCUCAUUGGAGAGCUGCACCCGGACGACAGAGACAAAAUCACCAAGCCUGCGGAGAGUCUGGCCACCGUGUUGGAGGAGGAGCCCAGCUGGCGGCCCGGCUGGUCGAUCCUGGCGGCGGCCGCAGCCGCUGCAGUCACGCUGAUGUAUCGCGUGUACGUGGGCGAUCCCUGACGUCUCGGUCCCGGGGAUUUGAGCCCGUCACCGCUCCCGUCCGGGGCUGCCGUGGAAAAAAGAAAGAAAAAAAAAAAAAAUCAUUGGCACAAUCAUCACUUUAUUAUGAUCAUUAUUUUACAUAUCAUGGAGACCAUUUCCAAGCAUAUUAUCAUCCACUAUGCCAGGGUUCACUUAAUCCGGACCUCGGUGCCACUUUUCCUGUCGUGUUUCCACGUCUCUCUCCCCUAACACACCUGAAUCGAAUGAUUAUGUCAUCAGCAACCUCUCCGGAAGCCUGAUAAUGAUCCUGAUUAUUUUGAUUCAGGUGUGUUGGAGGAGGGAGACAAGGAAAACAUGACAGGAAAAGUGGCACCGAUGUCCGCCCCUGCACUAGGCCAUACCGCAAGACUGAUUAUACCCACCGUUUUUCCACUAGAUGGCGCAAUUUCCAGCAACAUUGGAGCUCCCAGAGUAAAAACUCCUGUAUCAUUUGACCUAUCCUUGAAUGGCUUCAAGUAACACCAUUUAUUAUUCGCUUUUCCUCACUGGAGAGAGAGAGAAAACGAAGGUGCUAUUCAUCCGUUAUAGUCCCCGAACCACAUUUUGGCUAUCUUUUGAAGAAAUAGCAUCGGCUUACAUUGUUGGCCAACCUGUUGGUCGCCAAGGUAAAUAUUUAACUUUGAAAAUACACCUCACCAAAAGCUCCCACGCGACCAGCCUAACUAAAAUCUUUGCGCCUCACCAAUUGACUCUAUUGAAUAUUUCUGUAAUUCACGGAUAUACGCUAAAUCAUUUGCAACGGAAGAAACCACAGUUUACAACUGAUGACUGCACUCAAGUUACUAUCGCGCCGUGUACCGGUGCGCUCCCCUGGCCGGAGGUGGCGCCAUUUCAAUCUUCAUUUUGAUUGUUUGUAUUGACGUAGUUGAGAAGGGGGAAAGCAAACGGACGUCACCCGUCCGACGCCACAAUUGACGCAUUUGAGUUACCUAAUCCGGCAACUGGAUUUUUGCCUCGUCGUCAAACUCGGGCGCACGUCACAACGACGACCUCGUGUGGCGUUUGAAGAAAUGACAUUUUCCCUCCCUCAUAAUUUUUUUUUUUUUUUGAAACAUGAUGCACAUGCCUGUUUUGAAUAAAAACGUUGAUUUUUUAUAUUUCCAACUUGUGUUAAAUAUUGGUGUCUAAAGUUGAUUGGACUUUUUCCUUUGCAUAUUUUUCAAUGAUA